ACACCAAAACAAACGAUUUCUGCUCGAAGUAUCGGAUCUUGUGAAACAAAUUCUAAAGACGCUUCAUUUUCACAAUUAAAAUGAUUUUUUCCCCCUAUAGCACUCAAUGUUUUUCAUUAGAAAGCUUUGGUCAGAAAUCAAAAUAGAAAUAAAACAUCUAACCUACUAGCAAAAGAAGAUGCCCAUCAUCAAAAUUCCAGUAGUUCACAACUUUGGGAUUAUAUCCCAAACCCAUCAAGAAGAUCUACAAAGAAGAUUGCUUAAAAAGGCUCAAGAACUGGAAGCAUCUCAAAAUGCUAAGAUUAGCCCUAGCAGAAACCCCUUUGAAAUAACUGAGGAAUUCAUCAAGAAAUACAACAGUGUGCAGGAACCUGAGGAACAGGAACACUCUGUGGAUCAAGCAAGAAAAAUGCUUAGACGAAGCAUGCGUAGAGCUGGAUUGAAUUCUCAAGGCCAAGGAGACCAUGUUGACUUCCCACUUGCCUGGACAGAGCUUUUGUUACUUGCUCUGUGCCGAGGUAAAAUUCAAGAUGAAUCUUUGGAUGUUCUUUUGAUUUCAUUGGAUCAAGCUCCUGUGCAUGAUGAGCACGCACCAGUUCUUUUCUACCUUGCAGAGUCUGUUCUCUACUGGCUCUGCACGGACACAGUGCAGAAGCCCUUUCUGUACAGCUCUGAAGUCAAGAUGUUAAAGCUUGGACAUCUUAUUUUUUUGAGACUAUUUCUGUUACAUAAAUCAAAUUGUUUGAAUGGAUAUACAGAAAAUAAAUUCCGUCUUCUUAAUUUCUUAAAAGCUCUUACCCAGUGUGAGCCCUGCUAUAAACCUUUUCCAAAUGUUCUCUUUGCUGUUCACUUCAUAUUACAGACUGGAGAAAUUAUGUGUGAAUGUGAUAUUUUCAUGAAGAAGCAUUCAAUUGAUUCAGUACAGCCCUCUACAGGUUCUCCCAGUCAAUAUCCUGGUGAAGUUGACCAGAAAGAUGAUGGCGUUAAUCAAGUGCUGUGGCAUUGCCUGGUCAGCUGGUAUUGUGUGCAAAACAAUAUAAAGCAGCUCAAAGACGUUUUGCAGCAUCUAGUCCUCCUGCAAGAGGAGCUUCAGCAGAAAAACUGGGUAGAUUCUGGGCUGGGCCUGGUGGUCCUGGGUGAGGCUGGUAAGUCAAGCCUGCUGUGCUUACAAGCUUUACUGGACCUUGCUGUAGAUUGUGGGCAGGAUGGAGAUACUCAACAAAAGAAGGGAGCAGUAUCAUCAGCUGGCUUGUCUGCCUGGCCAUGGCAAUUGAAACACAUUUACGUCAAUGCGUUAGCAGAUAUCUGUCUGCAUGGCAGCCAUGCAGAGAUACAGAAGACUGCUCUGGUUAGGAAACGGCAACCUAAAGGGCAAAAUGAAGGAGGAUUGUUGUCAAUUUUAGAAUAUGGCACUCUGUCUGAUGGUAUAUCAGAUGAAGAGACGUGGUGCACUCGGUAUAGUGCUAUCCAUGCUGUGGUGAAAAUUUGCCAUGUACUACACGGGGAUGUGGCUCGAGAAGGUCUAAGGAAUGCUGCCUGGAAAGCUCUUCAAGAGCAGCUUGGAAAAGAGACAGAUUUGCGAGUCCUGGAGGCCACAAGAGUAGCUGAGGCUGAAGUCAAUAGCCCAAAAAAUCCUUUCUCUAAUGUGGAUUUGAAAACUCCAUCAAAUUUUCUUGGGAAUGAUUCUUUCCAGUUCAUUAGCUUGAGAGUGGCAGCCACACUUUCGCAGCUUCACAUCCCUCCUAUUCCUCUAAAGCUCCCACUUUCAAGAUGGGCAAAGAAGGAGAUAUCUCCACCCCGGGCAUGUCAUCCUAAGCAGCAACCUGUGAAAAACAAGGCGCCUCAACUAACACUCAGACAAGAAAUUCUGCUGGCUGAGGCUUCUUAUGAACCAUCUAUUGACUUUAACACGAGGACAGAAUUACACUUGAUGGACAUUGUAAAAGAUCAGUGGGGAAAAGAAUUACAGAUGAAACUAAAGGAAGAGGAGGAAAAUGAAAAUAAACAAUUGCAGGAAAAGGAAAGGCAAGCAGAGGAACAUUUCAAGGAGAUAAUGAGGAAGCGGGAAGAGAAAUUGAACAAGAAAACAAAGCCCUAUGAACUUCCAGGAAUUGAGAAGCCAGCUAAUAUCAAUUUCUGAAAAAUAAAAGAAAAGAAGAAAUAAAACCAGUGUAUUACA